GGACACAACUGACUUCAGCAGGCACAGCUCUACUUUAAUUCAUACCUUUUGAACUGUCAAGUUGAUCUUGGUGUAAGGAGACAUUGGAGACAUCAGCAGGUCAACCAGUCUAUGGUGUUUUCAGCAGAGUGACAUCAUGGCCUUUUCAGAAUCUGCACAUGAACUCAGAAUAAUGCUGUUUGGAAAAAAUGAUGACAAGAAAUCAGCCCUGGAAAACCUCAUCACUGGAAAGAAAAGAUCCAUUGUGUCUAAAGUCCUUGGAGGAAGGCAAUGUCACGCUGCCUCUGGAGAGUGGAACGGGAAACCGUUAACAGUAGUCAAAACUCCCGACAUCUUCAGUCUGUCUGUUGAUAAAUUGUUAGAGGUGAUGAAGAGCUGUGUGAGUCUCUGUCCUCCUGGACCAAAUGUUCUGCUGCUGUUAGUGAGAUCUGAUUUCUCUGAAGAGGACAGAAAAGCUCUGAACUUGGUCCUCAGUGUGUUUGGUCAAGAUGCAUUUAAGCACUCCAUGGUCAUCCUGACACAUAAUGAGAGAAAGAGUUCCUCAGUGGAAAGACUCAUCAAACACUGUGAUCACAGGCAGGAAUAUAUCAGUUUUGACAAAAAAGACAUUCCCAUAUCUUACUCAAAGUUUAUGGAAAAAAUGAAUCAAAUAGUGAGUAAAAACUGGGGAAAAUAUCUCAUGUUAAAAGAAGAGGCUAAACCCACGAGAGUGAAGUCCAGUGUGAACCUGGUUCUGUGUGGGAGGAGAGGAGCAGUGAAGACGUCAGCAGCCAAGGCCAUUUUAGGUCAGACUGAGCUUCAUUCAGCCUCCAACUCAUCAGAGUGUGUUAAACAUCAGGGAGAGGUGUGUGGACGUUGGGUUUCCCUGGUGGAGCUGCCUGCCUUGUAUGGAAAACCUCAGGAGGCAGUGAUGGAGGAAUCAUUCAAGUGUAUCUCCCUCUGUCAGGCAAUCCAUGCCUUCAUCCUGGUCCUACCUGUGGCUCCCCUCACGGAUGAAGACAAGAGAGAGUUAGAGACCAUCCAGGAUGCAUUCAGCUCUCGAGUCAAUGACUUCACCAUGAUUCUGUUCACCGUGGACUCAGAUCCUACAGAUCCAGCUGUUAUUAACUUUUUCAAGGAAAACCAGGACAUCCAGAAGCUAAACAGCAGAGGGAUAGUUUAG